AUGAGCCGAUCAAGACGAUUGCGGAAGCUUUGUUCAAAGCAUGGGAACUGUUCUCAUCACCCGAACGCUAUCAUACUCGUUGUCGUAGAAGAUGUGAACCAAAACCAAAUUGACCAGAGGCAUGUCGAGUACAUGCUAGAGGAUAUGGGCGUGCCUGUAGAUCAAAUCGUCCGUAGGACUUUGACCGAAUGCGAUGAAUGCCUAACUUUGUCUCCUGAACGUCAUUUACUUCUGUGCGGUUCACGAGUAGCCGUGGUUUACUUCCGAGCAGGAUAUUCACCUGACAGCUACCCAACUGAAAAAGAAUGGUCUGCUCGCCUUCUGAUGGAAAGGUCAGAUGCGAUAAAAGCACCAUGGAUUGGUCUUCAGGUGGCGAACACGAAGAAAACACAGCAGGUGCUUGCGGAAGAUGGCGUUGUUGAGAGAUUUAUUGGACACCCGCGUGAGGCAGCAGCGAUACGAGCAACAUUUGCUGGGCUGUGGGCCAUAAACAAUUCCAGUCCAAUCACGGAGAAGUUGGUGAAGAGUGCAAUAGCUCGUCCUGCUCAGUUUGUGUUGAAGCCCCAGACUGAAGGAGGAGGUGGGAAUUUCUAUGGCGAGAAAAUGGUAGAAAAACUUAAAUCCAAUGACUGA